AUGCAAAAACUUUCACAAAAUCAAAGUGUUGAGCAACAAUUUUAUAUUAAAUCUAGGUUGAUUCAUAAUCUCUAAAACUACCUAGUAAGUAAUGAGAAAAAGAAAGAGUGUUUAAUCAAAGGAAAUCCCCUGAACCCCAAUUUAUUCCUUAAUGAACAAUACAAACUAAAAAUACAUGGUCUUUAAAACAAGCCGCUUCAUUCUUUAGCUGUCUUAUACAAAAGUCAGGUAAAAAAUUGA